UCGCCAGCAUUCAGUACCGCAUACAACGGCGUACAGUUUACGUGGACAUUACGGCUCAAUGAUGACUGUAUAACGCUGGAUUGUAUGGAUAACAAUAACGCCAAAGAUAACAACGGUGUGAAUAUAUUUCUGUAUUAUAAGGACGGUCCGAAACUGGAUAUACACAUCAUUGAGGCUAUAAUCAGUGUGGCGGAUAAUAAUGGUAAUGUGCUGUUCAAUGAUUUACGAAUCAACGACGAUGAAUUCACUCGUGGUAGUGGAUGGCCGUUACGAGCUGACUUCCAAAAGAUGCGACAGCUUAGCGAUUUUAUGCAAAUGAACGUCGAUAAUACAGUCCGCAUUUCAGCGAAUAUU